UCACGCAAACACUCGCUCUCACAUUGUACUAUUAUCUGUCAAUAAGUAAACAACUGCAUAUCGCACUAAGAAAACUUCUUAAAAUAUUUAUUUGUAAAAAGUAAUUGAUAAAAUUAUACAAUAUUACACAAAGUGCAUCAAGGAGAAAUGACAGUCGAAAAAUAUUUUGUUCUACAAGGCGGCGAUCGCAUGCCGCGUAUUGGAUUCGGUACCUGGCAGGCGUCAGAUGAAGUGCUAGAAAAAUCUGUUAGUGACGCUCUGAGUGCGGGGUACCGACACUUCGACACUGCUCGAGCGUACGAGAAUGAGGCAGCCCUGGGCCGUGCCUUAACUAGAUGGAUUGGCGGUGAACAAACUAGAAGAAAAGAGUUAUUCGUCGUUACCAAGCUACCUCCAGGAGGAAAUCGGCCAGAUUUAGUUCCUGAGUACUUCAACAACUCUCUGAAGGAUCUUGGCUUAGACUACUUAGACAUGUAUAUUAUGCACACGCCGUUCGCAUUUGAACAUAUACCUGGAGACCUACACCCAAAGAACCCAGACGGUAGCAUGAGAGUUGAUCUUUCUACAGACCUCAUUGCAGUUUGGAAGGCAAUAUUGAAAUUAAAGGAAUCAGGACGGGUGCGACACGUAGGCGUGUCUAACGUAAAUGAAGAACAACUGAGAAGACUAUGUGCCGUAGAGAAACCAGCUUGCCUACAGAUAGAAGUACACGUACUGUGUCAACAAAAGUCUAUGAUUGGGAUUGCAAGUGAACUUGGUAUUCCUAUAGUGGCAUACUCUCCACUUGGCUCUAAAGCGCUAGCUGAUGUCCUCGCUGCAAAAACUGGCCGCGAGUAUCCUGAUCUGCUGUCACUACCAAUAGUACAGCGCAUCGCUGACGCCCAUUCCCGUACGGCAGCGCAGGUCCUUUUGCGGUACACCUUACAACGCGGAGUCGGUGCCAUCCCAAAGAGUACUAAUCCAGCAAGAAUACAACAGAACAUUUCACUAUGGAACUUCGAACUAACUGAAAGCGAAUUGAAAGAAUUAUCAACUGUAGAUCGCGGUGAAAAUGGUCGUAUUUGUGACUUUUCUUUAUCUAUCUAUUUAUGA